AUGAAAUACAAAGCGUUAGAUGAAUUACUUUCAGCUAAUGGAGCUAAUCGUAAUCCUUUAGAUAAAACUGAAUUAAAAUCUUGGAUCGCUCUUAUAGUUACUGCUGUUGCAGCAACAUCAAUAUUCGGUCUUGUCUGGUUGAUUAUUUUGCUUGCUGUACCAAUUAUUUUACUUGUUAUUGGCACACGUUAUCGUGAUCCACGCUAUUGUCCAAUUGAACCUCGUAUUAGUCUUUUUCUAAUUGUUUCGGGAAGUGUUGCUUUAGCACUGAUAACUCUUAAUAUUAUUAUUUCAGUCGUAACUAUUUUUCUUACUUCUCUUCGUUCCUUAUUGUCUUUAAUUCUUCCAUUUAUUUUAACCAUAAUUAUUCUAUUUAGCGGGAUUUUUUCAUUUAUUUGGCUUAUUAUCGGAAGUGUAUGGACAUUUCUUAUUAAUAAGCAAGUUACACAUGAAUAUGAUACAACUAAUAAUUUUUAUACAUAUAAUUAUUGUCAUCCUGUUUUAUAUAAGUUUACAUUUGUUUAUUUAAUACUGUGUUAUAUUUUUAUGGUUAUUACUUGUUGUUAUCAAUGUAUUUUUAAUAUAUUCUGGUAUCCAUAUAUACAAUGUACCAACAAUGUACCGAUCACAACGACUGGAUUUGGUGGUGCCAACACAAAUCUAAGUUGUGUUGUGGACUGUUCAACCGAUGGUGGAUAUUCUAGUUCACCAAUUAAUAUCCUCACUGAUUGUGUAUCAGCUAGUUCAUCAUUUUCAAUGAUGACAAGUGAAGGAACGAAAACUAAAACACUUGCGGCUGAAGCACAUUUUUAUAUAGCUUAUAGAGGAAGUGCUUGGGUACCAUUAUACGAUCCUGCUCAAAGAGGUCUUGAAUGGUCUAUUGUAACAUAUAUUGAUCUUCGUAAACGACCGGAUGGUUUCAUAAAUACUCCACCUGUGGUCAAGUUUGUUUCUCCUCAAUAUACCUUUGUAAAUAAAACAAUAAAAAUUAAUAUUCCUGUUUCGGAUGCCAAUGCUGGAGAUGAUGUACGUUGUCGAUGGUCAACAUUUACAAGUGGAUAUCGAAGACGGAAACGAUCGAACGAUGAAGAAAACCACGAAAAUCAACAUCAACCUGAUCACAGAUACAAAACCCAAAAUGAUAAUAAUGAAAUCAUCAAUACACGAAAAAAAAGACAGACGUGUCAAUGUAGUUCAGGCAAGUUGUGUACCGCUAUUGAGUGCCAAAAUACCUUAUGCACGGGCAUAAAAUGUGCAAGUACAUGCUGCGAUAGCGUAGCAACAAAAAUAUCGACUACAGAUAGUACAACCAGUACAGCAAUUAUGACUACAACUGGUGCAACCAGUGCAACAACAUUGACUACAGUUAGUACCUCCAUAAUGAGUUCAACUACACUCGAAACUGUAGGAACACUAAAAUCGACUUCAACAUAUCCAAUUCGUCAAGCAAUUGACGAAUGUGCCGACAUAUGUUAUCCAGAUAGGGUGCCUACUGGUACAACCCUGUCCAAUUGCACGAUCACAUUCACAGGUGAUAAAGCUGGUGUCUGGUAUGCUGUUGCAAUUCAGGUUGAAGAUUUUAUCGAUUCAACAAGUACGACACCGAUGAGUUCAGUACCAGUUCAAAUGCUGAUUUAUGUUCAACCACAACCUGCUUGUUCAGAUGCACCCAUAAUUUUCCCUCUAAGCCGUUGUCUAGAAGUACAAGUUGGCAUCUCCAUCAGUUUCAAUCUAUCUAUAAUGGAUUUAUGUAAUCAGACUGUGGCUAAACUUGCUGAUAUAAUUAUUUCAAGUGCAAUUACUGGUAUGACUCGAGAUAAUCUGACAAGUUCACCAACAAAUUCAUCAGUUUCCUACGUCACAUUCGCUUGGACACCACAGGCAAAUCAAGUUGGAUCAAAACAACUAUGUGUAAUUGCAUUUACAACUGAAAAUUUAGAAUCUGAUCAAUAUUGUGUUACAUUUACUGUGAAAAAUUCAUCUGAUGUCUGUGUAACAACCACAACAUCUACAAGUACAAAAACAACAACAUCAACCACUACAACUGUGUAA